GGGGUGCCGGGGGCGGAACAGGAAGUGACGACAGAAGCGGUGGGCGGUGACACAAGAUGGCGGCUAUGGUGCUGGCGGCGACGCGGCUGCUACGAGGCUCGGGCUCGUGGGGCCGCUCGCGGCUGAGGUUUGGAGACCCUGCAUACAGACGCUUCAGCAGUGGUGGUGCCUACCCCAAUAUCCCCCUCUCUUCCCCCUUGCCCGGAGUACCCAAGCCUGUUUUUGCUACAGUUGAUGGACAAGAAAAGUUCGAAACCAAAGUUACCACACUGGAUAAUGGACUUCGUGUGGCAUCCCAGAAUAAGUUUGGACAAUUCUGUACAGUAGGAAUUCUUAUUAACUCUGGAUCAAGAUACGAAGCGAAAUAUCUUAGUGGGAUUGCUCACUUUUUGGAAAAAUUGGCAUUUUCGUCUACUGAUCAAUUUGACAGCAAAGAUGAAAUUCUGCUUACCUUGGAGAAGCAUGGGGGUAUCUGUGAUUGCCAGACAUCAAGAGACACCACCAUGUAUGCUGUGUCUGCUGAUUCUAAGGGCCUGGACACAGUGGUGGGCUUGCUGGCAGACGUGGUCCUGCACCCCAGGCUGACAGACGAGGAGAUUGAGAUGACGCGCAUGGCUGUGCAGUUUGAGCUGGAGGACCUCAACAUGCGGCCCGACCCAGAGCCACUCCUCACCGAGAUGAUUCACGAGGCCGCGUACAGGGAAAACACGGUGGGCCUCCACCGUUUCUGCCCCGUGGAGAACAUCGGGAAGAUCGACCGGGACGUGCUGCACUCCUAUCUGAGGAACUACUACACCCCUGACCGCAUGGUGCUGGCCGGCGUGGGGGUGGAGCAUGCGCAGCUGGUGGAGUGCGCCCGGAAGUACCUCCUGGGGACCCGCCCCGCCUGGGGCACCGGGGCGGCCGUGCACGUGGACAGAUCGGUGGCUCAGUACACCGGGGGCAUCGUCAAGCUGGAGAGAGACAUGUCCAAUGUCAGCCUGGGCCCCACCCCAUUCCCUGAGCUCACGCACAUCAUGAUCGGCCUGGAGAGCUGCUCCUUCCUGGAGGGGGACUUCAUCCCUUUUGCGGUGUUGAACAUGAUGAUGGGCGGGGGCGGCUCCUUCUCGGCCGGCGGGCCCGGUAAGGGCAUGUUCACCAGGCUCUACCUCAAUGUGCUCAACAGGCACCACUGGAUGUACAAUGCGACCUCCUACCACCACAGCUACGAGGACACAGGCCUGCUGUGCAUUCAUGCCAGCGCCGACCCCAGACAGGUUCGAGAGAUGGUGGAAAUCAUCACGAGGGAGUUUGUUUUAAUGGCUGGGACUGUGGACGUGGUGGAGCUGGAGCGGGCCAAGACGCAGCUCAUGUCCAUGCUCAUGAUGAACCUGGAGGCCCGGCCUGUCAUCUUCGAGGAUGUGGGGAGGCAGGUCCUGGCCACCCGUUCCAGAAAGCUGCCCCACGAGCUGUGUGCACUCAUCCGCGACGUGAAGCCGGAGGACAUCAAGAGGGUCGCCUCCAAGAUGCUCCGCGGGAAGCCCGCCGUGGCCGCGCUGGGGGACCUGAGCGAGCUGCCCGCAUACGAGCACGUGCAGACGGCGCUGGCCAGCAGGGACGGGCGCCUGCCCCGGACGUACCGGCUCUUCCGGUAGAGGCGCCGCAGCAGCGCGCCCCCUGUGCGUGUCUCGGGGGUGACCGCAGGGCAGACCUUCAUGGACUGGGACUUCCCCGAACGUGAGUGGACAGCUCACCAGAGCGUGCUUUCUUCAGAAGACAGGCCAGCCAGCAGAAUAAAGCCUGCUCUCCAGCCCUGUGGCCGGACCAGGGGACUCGCAGGGAGGGGCAGCCACCAGUGGGGGUCAGGCCAGGCUCACCUUCCCGCUCGCCCAGGAAAUCUGGGCGGGUGGGGCCACCACGCAGUCCCCAAGACCAGUGGUGGUGGAGUGGGUGAGGCCCGACCUCUGCUCAGAGGCCAGCAGGGCCCGCCAGCCUGCCCGCUGCUGGAGGCUGUGGCCAUCCACACCAGCAUCUAGGGGUCCCAGGGUGACCCUUCAUCCCACUUGACUGAUGUCGGGGAGCUUCACCCUCUCCUGAUCUCCGAGGUGUGCAGACGCUCAGGCGGGGCUGCUGGGCCUUCUGAGACUUGACUGGGGGACGUGCUGGACAGCAGGAGGACCGAGGCUGUGUGUGGGGCCCUGCAGGGUCAGGCGGCCUUGGUGACGGGCACUGCGCUGGCUGCCUCGUCCUCCUGACGCUGCUGUGGUUGAGGGAGGCUUCCUUCCUGGCCGUCAGCGGGGUGCACCGCUUUGUAGAGGAGUUGACGCAAGGUCAUGUUUUUUUGAAAGCCCAAGGGCAGCCCCUGCUGGGAGCAGGCGUGAUCUCAGGCCAUCAAAUAAAUGUUUGGGCUUCGGCGUCA